AUGGGGAGAAGCCAGCAGGGACGCGGAGGAACGAGCGAUGAAUCUCGCGAACAACACGAACGGUUUAUGUUGGAGCAGUAUAACAAGGCUAUUGCCUGUCUUCGUCCUUAUUUUACCAGGACUGACCGGGAUGUCGAGUCGGCUCGUGUGGUUCUCAUCACAUGUAUGAUCUUUGUUUGCCUGGAGCUGCUUCAAGGGAGGUAUGUCGAGGGCCAGAAUCACCUCCAGAAUGGAUUGAAUCUCCUCUACCAACUUCAGGCUGAGUUGCAUACUCCUAAGACCCGAGGAGUUCUCGUCCUGGGCCAUCCACAAGAAUCCGUCAGCGAUAGCUACCUAACUGAGGCCUUUUCCCGCCUUUACGCCCAGUCGUCACUCUUUGGACAAGUUCCGGGGGUUUGCCGCAAGCCGUACGCUGUCUCUAUCACCAUUCUGCACUCGACCAUCCAUGCUCCACCUCCCCUGUUCAGUUCCAUGAACCAGGCGAGGCAGCAUCUCGAUGAGCUCUUCAACGCCAUUCAUUGCCUCACAGCACGCCAUCCGCGGAAACGCAUCGUCCGGGAUGCCCCGAAAGCGCUGCUAGACACGCAAAGUCACAUCCAGACCUGUCUGCGACUCUGGCUCCAGGUUUACAAGGUUUCCAGGCUCAACCUGAUCUCGCAGCUUAAUCUUCGAGACACGUUAUCUUACCCGCUUCUGACGGUGUAUCAUACCAUGGCCGUCGUCAUGGCGACGACAUGUCUCACGCUGCCUGACGAAUCCAUAUACGACUCUUUUGAGGCGGCUUUCGCCUCCGUUGUGUCGACUUGUGAGGACAUAGUAAGGGCCGUGGUUCAGUUCAUAGUAGGUGACCCGGCGGCGGGCUAUUGUUCGAAGGGGUUCAGCUUUACGGCCGACAUGGGACUGAUUCCACCGUUGUACUACUCAGCUCUCAAGUGCCGGGCUCCCGCUAUUAGGCGUCGGGCCAUCACGCUUCUUGAGACUGUCAUGGAUAAAGAAAGCAUCUGGAAUGGGCCUGUAGCAGCACAAGUUGCGCGCGAAGUGGUUAAGAUAGAGGAACAGGGGCUCUGGAGUGACACAUCCAGCGCUGACAUUAAUCGUGACUCUCUUUUUCACGACACGGACGAUGUACAAGUAGCCGGGUUGAGCGUGCCAGAGUGGCAUCGAGUUCACGAAGUUGCUUCUGCCAGCAACUCCUUUAUCGUCCUCAACUUAAUGUUCGGCAAAAACUGCAAGGCUGUGGCCUAUCUCGGCGCCGGAAAGGCCACUUUCGAAUAUGAGAUGAGAAGCCCCGCAACUGUCCCUUCGGAAGGAACCGUACAUGGCUUCUUGACUUCGCAGUUCCGUGGCCUCGCCCGAUUUCAACGAAUCUACCGAACCGUACAUCAGGGUGAAAUUGGUGCCCUUGGCAGUCUCGGCAAGCGCAACAGGUUCCAAGUCACUACGUCGCCGACAACGUACGUCUGA